UUCGCGCUGCCGCUGUUUUGGCUGAAAUCCGAGGGAUUGAGCUUUUGGCGAAUGCGAUUUACAUCAUUUUUUUUUCCGGCAAUUCGACAAUUACGAUUAGAUAACAUUUUCAAACCAUGAAUGGCAAUAAUAAUAUCUCUUCAAAACAAGUCAUUGCAAAAUUGACUGAAAUGGGGUUCGAGAAUUCGAAUGCUGUUGAGGCAGUGAAAGUAGUGGGUCCAUCAGUUGAUGAUGCAGUUGAAUCUAUGUUGAAUGGAUGCCGUAGAAACAAUCAUACCGCAACUAGUAGUAGUAUUUCUACAAAUCCCGCAAAAAUUAUCAAGUCUUCGGAUCAAAAGAGGCAGUCUACCAUAUUGGAACAUUUCCAAUCCAUAAAUAAAGCCAAUAGAGUUGUGACUGGGGUUGUGGAACAAAGAAAAGAACCUUAUUUGGGCGACAAUUAUUGCGUCGAGAGAUCAUCGCAUUUGAUUCCAGUUGAUUGCUCAGAUGAGCUAGACAUUGGGGCAGAUUGGGAACAGAAAGUGAACUGUCUAUUGCAAAAGCAGUUUGGUUAUUUGUCCUUGAAAGGUUUUCAGAGAGAGGCCUUGACGGCGUGGUUAGCUCACCAAGACUGUCUUGUUCUUGCCGCGACGGGUUCUGGGAAGUCUUUGUGUUUCCAGAUUCCGGCAUUGUUGACAGGAAAGGUUGUGGUUGUGAUAUCGCCGCUAAUAAGCCUGAUGCAUGAUCAGUGCUUAAAACUGGCAAAACAUGGGGUCUCUGCUUGCUUUCUUGGAUCUGGGCAGCCUGAUAGUACUGUAGAAAAGAAAGCAAUGAGGGGCAUGUAUAGCAUAAUAUAUGUUUGCCCUGAGACAGUUUUAAGACUGAUCAAACCACUUCAGGGGUUGGCAGAAAGUUGUGGAAUUGCACUAUUUGCAAUUGAUGAAGUCCAUUGUGUUUCCAAGUGGGGUCAUGAUUUUCGACCAGACUACAGGAAAUUGUCUGUGCUGCGAGAAAACUUUAGUGCUAGCAGUUUGAAAUUCCUAAAGUUUGAUAUACCAGUGAUGGCAUUAACUGCUACUGCCACAGUACGGGUUCGAGAAGAUAUUCUCAAGUCAUUGUCCAUGUCACAAGAAACAAAGGUUGUAGUUACCUCGUUUUUUCGGCCAAACCUGAGGUUUUCAGUUAAACAUAGCAGAACAUCUUCGCCAUCUUCUUAUAAGAAGGAUUUCCAAGAAUUGAUAAACAUAUAUGCAAGAACAAGAAAAGCUGGUGAAAAGAAACAAAUGAUCUUCUUACAAGAAUCAAAUACUGCAUCUGAUAGCAUAUCAGAGGUAGAUGCUAUUUCUGAAAAUGAUUUGAGUGAUGUCGAGGAGGGAUACUCUGAAAGUGAUGAUGGAGUUUAUCCAACAAAGCAACAUGGUUCUAGAAUUUCAAAGGGAAAAGAAAUGUCGGUUGAGUACUUGGAAAAUGAGGUUGAUGUCUUUCGAAGCGUCGACGAUUGGGAUGUUGCCUUCGGCGAGUUCUGUGCAGAAUCUCCUCAUUGUGACUGGAAUAUCACUGGGCCAUCUGAGACAUUGGAUCCACCAAAUAGACCGGAAGAUAGACAUCAAUUUCUUAAUCAGAACUUGGGACAAGGACCAACUAUUAUAUACGUUCCCACAAGAAAAGAAACUUUGAAUAUUUCCAAGUUUCUUUGUGGGUGUGGUGUGAAGGCUGCUGCUUAUAAUGCAACGUUGCCAAAACAACAUCUGAGGCACGUUCACAAGGAGUUUCAUGAAAACACGCUAGAGGUCAUUGUAGCAACAAUUGCUUUUGGAAUGGGGAUUGACAAGUUAAAUGUCCGACGGAUUAUCCACUAUGGUUGGCCACAGAGUCUGGAAGCAUACUAUCAAGAAGCUGGUCGUGCUGGAAGGGAUGGAAAGUUAGCAGAUUGCAUUCUGGUUGCAAACCUAAAAAGAGUACCAUCACUUUUGCCUAGUAAAAGAAGUGAGGAGCAGAUAAGGCAAGCAUACAAGAUGUUGUCGGAUUGCUUCAGGUAUGGGAUGAAUACUUCGUGCUGUCGGGCUAAAAGACUUGUGGAGUACUUUGGAGAAAAAUUCUCCGAUGAGAAGUGUCUCUUGUGUGAUGUGUGUGUUAAUGGACCUCCAGAAAUGCAGAAUUUGAAAGAGGAGGCAGAUAUCUUGAUGCAGGUUAUUGCUGCCUAUCAUGCACGGAUUACUCGCAUAGAUACAUCAUACUACGAUGGUACUAGUACACAACAGAGAUUCAUGCAAAAGCCAAACCUCAGGAUGUUUGUCAGCAAAAUAAGGGAGCAGUCUCAAAAAUUUACGGCAACCGAUGUACUCUGGUGGCAAGGUCUUGCACGAAUUAUGGAAGGUAAAGGGUUAAUCAGAGAAGGAGAUGGCAAGCAGACCCAUGUUCAGUUGAAGAUCCCAGAGCCAACAGAACUUGGUCUGGAGUUUCUGCGGUUAAAGGGAGAGCAAACUUUUUAUGUUAACCCUGAGGCAGAUAUGCAGUUAUCUGAGACGAAGUCCCAAUCUUAUUCAAGGUUCUCAGAUUGGGGAAAAGGCUGGGCUGAUCCUGAGAUUCGCCGUCAGCGCUUAGAGAGAAUGCAAUCCCGAACAAAGCAGCCAAAGCCAAUGGGCACAAGAGGGCAAAGAUCGGGAAAGCUAGGGAAAAGAAAGCCAAGAAACCGUAGUCCAGAUGUGAGAACUGUUAGGGGUAGAAUAACAGCUAAAUUGUUGAAAAAAUGAGGUUUAAGUUCGAUCCAUUAUCAAUUUUUUGAAUGAGCUAGGUUUUAAUUGUACUGUACACUAGUAAUCACUGUGGGAAACUGGUCAGGAAACCUUUGUUGUCAUUGCAUAAGUUGGGUUGCUUAACACAAA